AUGAGCCGGCAGCUGAACAGCAAGGCUGGUGGUGACAAGGGUGCCUUCAGCAGGUACUCAGCUGUGGUGCUGAGUAAGGGUGUGGGCAGUGUAGCUUCUUACCGUCCAGCUGGCAAAGGACCUGGGGCUGGCUUUGGCAGUCGGAGCCUCUACAGUCUUGGAGGGAAUCGGUGUAUUUCCCUCAGUAUGGCUGGUGGUGGCAUUCGAACUGGAGGUUACAGCUUCGGGCCUGGCUCUGGGUAUGGAGGGGGCCGGGCCACUGGCUUUGCUGGCAGCAUGUUUGGCAGUAUGGCCUUGGGGCCCACAUGCCCAUCCAUGUGCCCACCCGGGGGCAUCCACCAGGUCACAGUCAACAAGAGCCUCCUGGCCCCCCUCAAUGUGGAGCUGGACCCUGAGAUCCAGAGAAUACGCACCCAGGAGCGGGAGCAGAUCAAGACUCUGAACAACAAGUUCGCCUCCUUCAUUGACAAGGUGCGGUUCUUGGAGCAGCAGAACCAGGUGCUGGAGACCAAGUGGGAGCUGCUGCAGCAGCUGGACCUGAACAACUGCAGGAAGAACCUGGAGCCCAUCCUUGAGAGCUACAUCAGCAACCUGCGGAAACAGCUGGAGGUGCUGUCUGGGGACAGGGUGCGGCUGGACUCAGAGCUGAAGAGCGUGCGGGACGUGGUGGAGGACUACAAGAAGAGGUAUGAGGUGGAGAUUAAUCAGCGCACAGCAGCUGAGAAUGAGUUUGUGCUGCUCAAGAAGGAUGCAGAUGCAGCUUACACAGUCAAGGUGGAGCUCCAGGCCAAAGUAGACUCUCUGGAUAGAGACAUCAAGUUCCUCAAGUGUUUGUAUGAUGCGGAGAUGGCCCAGAUCCAAACUCACACCAGCGAGACCUCUGUCAUUCUGUCGAUGGACAACAACCGGGACCUGGACCUGGACAGCAUCAUCGCUGAGGUCCGAGCUCAGUACGAGGAGAUCGCCCUGAAGAGCAAGGCUGAGGCUGAGGCCUUGUACCAGAGCAAGAUCCAAGAGCUGCAGCUGGCAGCCGGCCGGCAUGGUGAUGACCUCAAACACACCAAGAACGAGAUAUCAGAGCUGAACCGGCUCAUCCAGAGGAUCCGGUGUGAGAUUACCAAUGUGAAGAAGCAGUGUACUAACCUGGAGACAGCCAUUGCUAAUGCCGAGCAGCAGGGUGACAAUGCCCUGAAGGAUGCCCGGGCCAAGCUGAAUGAGCUGGAGGCUGCCCUGCACCAGGCCAAGGAAGAGCUGGCCCGGAUGCUGCGGGAGUACCAGGAGCUCAUGGGUCUGAAGCUGGCCCUGGACAUGGAGAUUGCCACCUACCGCAAGAUGCUGGAGGGCGAGGAGUGCAGGAUGUCUGGUGAGAAUCCAUCGUCUGUGAGCAUCUCUGUCAUCAGCAGCGGUGGAAACAGCUACUAUCACCCCAACUCCUCUGGCAGCACUGAUUCGGGGCCUGGUGGCCUGGUGGGCAGCUCCGGCAGCACUCGGGCCGGGCCAUCCAGGGCCAAAGGGGCAAGAGUGGGAGAGCUCAAGGAUGCCCGGGGCAAGAGUACCCCUGCCAGUGCCACCACCAGGAAGGCCACCCGAUAA